UUGAAAUUUAUGUCAGUGACUUGGUGGGAUCAGACAAUAUACCAUGACCUGUCAACGGAUCUAUGUGACAGAAUUACAGCCCGCCCUAUCUAUCAAAAUUUGAAUGUUUUCUCUCCCUCUCUCUCUCUCUCAUGGUCAAUAACCACAAAGCUAGAAUCUUUUUCCAAAAAUGCUUCUUGGGCAUUGUUCCAAACACCCCCUUCCCCUUUAUCAAAUCCAAUCCCCUACCAUGAACCUUCCUUUUUUCUUCAACCAUCUCUUUCUCUAGCUCCAUUCACUAGGCCAAUUCAAAUCACAAAUUUCCAUGGGUACAUGUUUGAGUAAAAAGAAAGAGUCUUCUCCCUCCACCCCAAUUGCUGAACCCAACUCAGCUACCCCACCAUCUAAGAAUUCUUCUGGAAAUGGUGACCCUUUAUCCAAACCCAAAAUGGGAACUGAGCCACAAGCUAAUCUGAAGAAGGAGAAAGAAGUUAAAGGGCAUGUGAAAAAGGAGAUAUUCAUCAUCAAACACAGGAAGAGCCAUGAUGAUGGUGGAGAAAGAAAUUCCAGGUCACAGCAAAAUGCCCACCAACCAUUUGAAGAAAUGCAUGACAGGAUUGCACAAUCACCAGCAGGAGCAGCAAACAUGGGUGUGGUUGUGAGGACUUCAAGCUGCACCAAAGAAGAGGUGGAUGCAAUUCUUAUACAGUGUGGGAGACUAAGCAGAAACUCUUCAGGAAAACAAGCUACUUCUUCUUCUGGUGGUUUUGGGAGAAGGCACUCAGGUUCAAAGAGAAGAAGUCAUGAUUUUGACCACUGUGAUGAUAAUGAUACCAUUUCCACUGAGGAGGAUCAAAAGGAAGCAAAUACCAAUGUCAACAGAAGUGAUUUGUGUGAGGAUGAUGGGAUAGCUGCUGCUGAGAAACGGCAGCGGCACCGCCAAUCUUCAAGGUCUUCUUCUCUGGAAAGAAGUAGGAGAAGAACACCAAGCAGAGAAAGAGAGCAGCAGCAACGUUCAAGCAGCAGAGAGAGAAGAGUUAGUAGAUCCCCUGGAAGAAGAUCAUCAGAGACCACUACACCUGUUGCCAAUGCAAGAAACAGUAACAAUAAUACCAGUUCUACUAGGCCUGGAAAGAUGGUUUCUGUUCCUGCUACUGUUUCAUCCCUUGUGAUGGAUAAGAGUAACAAUGGUGGUGGAGAAUUUGCAACAAGCACAGGCGUCAAGAGGAUCAUGGUUAAGAGAAAUGUAGGUGGAGCCUCUCCACGUUCUCAGUCCCCUGCAAGAGCAAAUGGGAAUGCAGCAAAUGCUAAUAAAGCAUUGAGUGAGAAUCAGCAGCAUCCAUCUCUUAGCCGGAACUCCUCAAAGAAAGCAGAACAUUCACCUUAUAGGAGAAUCCCUCUUAGUGAGGUUGAACCUAACAACCUUGCUUUUCCACAUUCAACAGCUAAUAAUAACAGCAGCAUGGUGCAAAACAGACCCAAAAAGGAAAUUGAAACAGAAGCUAAUCAGAAACCAAAUGCUUGCAGAGCUGCAAUGGACAAGGGACUUGAUGUAAAUUGCAAGAUAAAAGUGCAACAAGAGGAAGAUGUUAAAGUGCAGUCUUCCAUGACUGAUAAUGUUGUUGUGAAGACAGUGAUAACAUCUGCGGUUGACAACCUAAAACCCCCGAUAUUAACAAGAAGCAGAUCUUCUAGGCGAUCCAGAGACUUAGACCUCAAUCCUGAAGCUUUGUUGAAUCCUCCACCACAGUCCUAUACCUCACUACUGCUUGAAGAUAUCCAUAACUUCCAUCAAAAGAACACACCACCUGUUUCUCUCCCAGCUUGUGUCACCAAGGCUUGUGCCAUCCUUGAAGCUGUUGCUGAUCUUAACUCCAAUACCAGCUCAAACUGCAGUCGACAUGGCUACCAGUCUAGUAAGAGUGAAUACAAUGUUCUAUUUGGUACUACCAAUGAUCAUGGGAAGAGGGUGCCAGAGCCAGAUACCAAGGAUCCACUUGCAGAAUAUGAGUCAUUUGUCAAUGAUGAUGUGAUGGAACCGAGUUUACAUAACUAUGUAACAGUGAAUAGGGAUGGUUCACUUGGUGGGGUAGACAUGGAGGACCAAGAGUCUUCAGGAAGCAACAGCUUCACUCAACAACAGCACUACAUUCAGGGCAUUUCUUCUUCUUCAUGGGAACCUAGUUCUGGUGAUUCAAAAUAUCUUUGCACUUCAAGAUUGAACAACUCCAGAGAGCAGGGUCAGAAACUUCCAUUAGGCUUGGAAGGGAGGGUGUCACGUGAGGCAGCACGUGAUGUGGAUGGAGCCAGGAAUCAAUUGAAUAGCAAAAAGAAUGUGUGUGAUCAUCAGCAUGGGAGCAGAAUAGGGCGUGGCAGGGUUGGUGGCAAUAAAGUUCUUCACACGAGACCUGUUGUCACAGCAGCUGAAUCCACAUAGAUGUGAUAAAUGAAUUCACCUUCAUCUUGUAUCUUAAAUACUCCAUGAGUUCAAGUUUCUUCUGUUUGGAGUUGC